AUGUCUAAUGAGCGUACACCACCACCAUCUCGCAUUGAACUACGAAAACGGUUUACGGAACGAGUAAAUUCAGGAUCCGGUACCACAACAAAACCAACAAUGCCAGCGACACUCGAUCAGUUACCAGAUCACUUACGCGAAACAUUACCGGCUAAUUAUACUUAUAUCAUAAAGUCAUGUAAAACAUUGGAGCCAUCAAAAGUAGAAGGAGCACCAACAGUCGCAUUUGAUUCAACCUUUUAUGUGAAUAUUUCAUCUGCGGAAGGGAUCGAAGCAUGGCGAUCGGCGUUCAAUAAUAAAACAGGAACAGUAUUCAGAAUUACACGUGCGGAUAAAGUUAAAGGAAUAAAAGUUAUUUAUCAUAAAGAUUUUCAUUGUAGACAUGCUGACAUCGCCGCAAUUAAAUAUAUGCAAAAAUCUUAUGCGCCAAAAGCGGGACAAAGAAGAAAUAGAAAUACAAACUGUCAAUGUUUAGCAAAAAUUCGACUUGAAAAAGCUCGUUUAUUUUUAGAGAAUAAUAUUAAUGACAAUAAUACUACUUCUGUUGCAUAUAUUAAUGGAGACCAUCAUCAUGAUGACUAUAAUCAAGCGAUUUUAAUGACGUUGCCGACAAAUAAUUCACAUCAACAUGAAUCUGUUGCUAAUCGCUAUGCAUUACCGCAACCGCACCAAUUUACACGAAAAAGAACAGCAGAACUUGAUUUGUCAUCUUCGACGAUAAUAAACAAUAAACGUCGUUCACUAUCUAUUCCCGAGGUUCACAAUGUUAGUGAUCCUAGACAAUAUUUUUGA